AUCAGUAAUUUGAGUUUCUUCUACGAAAAUGAAGUUCCUGGUGUGCUUUCUUGUAUUUUUCGCUGCUUCUUGUUAUGGUCAAGACGUUGUAGCUCCUGUUGAUGACAUUGUGUCAUCUUGUGCUGAUCUAUAUUGUAUCGAAGCCUUAAUAUACAGCCCAGUAUGCUGCAUUUACCCUGAUGGAUCUACUAUGACCUUUGACGCAUACUGUUUUCUUCAGUAUUACAAUUGCAAAUACAGCACCAAAUGUAUUGCUAUUGCUCAGGGAUCCUGUGAAUGCUUGGGGAUUUACCAAACUCCACCAAUCAUUAUCGAUCCUUAUCCUUUGCCAGUUGAAGAGGCAGCUGAGGCCUAAAUUCAGGAUGACAAACUAACAGCAACUACUUCAUCAGUGAUUUUUAAAGCUUAAUUUUCUUUUUGGCAAAAUAAGUUAAUUUUUGUAAAUCCAUUUUUCAAAAUUGUAACGUUUCCCGUAUUUGUAUUUUUUCUGAGUGUCUGACCUUCCUCAAUAAUCAAAAGACCUUCAAGUGAAAGGCCAACAAGGAAGUUUUUCUGGUGAUCAAUAAACUAAAUUAAAUUGACACCAAGUUAUAAUGAUUCUAUUUAUUUGAUCUUGUGACAAUGGGUGCUCAUUCAGUGAUAAUUCCCCAUCUAUUUUUGAGCGAUUAGUAGACACCUACAAAAAGCAUCAACAAGUUCAUUUUGAAUGAGGAAAAAGAUCAAUCGCGAGUAAUUAUGAUAAUUGUAGUGGAAUAAUUUGGAAGAGAGCUUUUAUGUGUUUGAGACUUAAUGACAAUUGAACUUCUAAAAACACCAGUGACUGAUAAUAUCGGAAACAAGAGAGUAUUAUAAUUAAUCGCCAUGACAACUAUCAUUCAUCCUUUCCCAGCACAAUAAAAUGCAAAGUUCUCAUUGAAUGGUCGUUCAGUUGCUUUAUGGAAAGUCAAUGAAAAUCUUCAGUCAAGAUGAGUUUUGUUGAGAGUUUUCUUGUGGUUGUUCUUCUGGCCGCUGGAGUGUUGGCUGAUGAAGAUAAAGAGCCUACAGGAAUUAAGUAUGAUAAAUUUGUUGUGUCACCUGGAUCUGAAAAGUACGUCAAAUACGAAGUGAAUUCAGAACAGGUGAACGAAACAGCCUUCAAGAUGUCCAUGGUAAUGGAUCAGCUGGAAGAUUUUGAUAAUCAAUAUGAAAUUCAAAUGGCUGUUUACUACAGUGAGAAAAAUGAUGGAAAUUAUGAAGAAAUUUUUGCCACGCCAAAGGAAAUGUUCUGUGACUAUAUGAAUGGAGAAAUCUACAAAGAACACAUUUAUCCACAGUACAAGGAUAUAUCAAACUUUCCCCCUCCCGGAGAAUGUCCAGUUAAGAAGGGUCAGUACAAAUUGGAAGAACAUGUUUUCAAUGUUGGUGAUCUGAAAGCACUUGGAAAACCUGGAGGCUGGCGAAUUGAUAACUCAUUGUACAAAGGUGGAGCCUUAGCUACGGAGACCCAAAUGUUCUUUACCGUUUAUUAGACCAUUGACUUAGUAUCCGAGAAUUUCCCUGCAAGAAAAUGUCAUGUUUGUUAACAACUUAAACAUGCAUUUCUACUUUUCAAUCUCUCAUGCAACCACAUACAACUCUCACACUUAUUGAUGUUAUCGGAAUAUAGCAAUAAAUAAAUAUAAUUUUGAUGCUA